ACCAUCAUCGCCGUCACGAACCACCAAUUUCCUUCAAUUGAGAGGCACAGUUUCUUUGCCAUGGCGUCUCUCAGAACCCAGUCGGCUGCCCGCCUGCUGCGCAAUGCCGUGCGCCCGCGGCUGGCUUUGGCCUCCAUGCCCCGCCGCUUUGAAAGCUCUGUGAGCAAGCCUGCCGACGUUGUUCCCGCAGUGCCCAGCGCCAACCAGCCCGACUACGACGCACCUGUCGACAAGGCCACCUCCACAUUUACUCCGGUCCCCAAGCGUGUGCAGGAUGCCACCGAGGACGUUCUCGCAGCCGCCACAAUUUCGGGUGCUCCUAUCGAACUCCAGGCAAGGACAGUCCGCAUCUACAAGGAGGCAAAGCCAGCUACACAAUCCGGCGACUUCAGGGGUGAGCGCUGGCGAAUGGAUUGGGAUAUUCUGCCCAAGGGACACCGAUGGGAGAACCCAUUGAUGGGAUGGCAAUCCUCGGGAGAUUUCGUGCAGGGAACCCACAUCAACUUUAAGUCCAAGGAAGACGCCAUUCAUUUCGCAGAGAAGCAGGGCUACGAGUACUUCGUCCAGGAGCCCAACUCGCGGAAGAUUACACCCAAGGCAUACGCCAACAACUUCCUAUACUCGCCGAAGAAGUUGAAGCAUAUCCGAACAAAAUAGGGCACCAAAAAUGGGUGCUGUACAUGAAUAUUAGAUAAGAAACAGUAUAUUAAAAUUUUGAUUCACGAAUGCGCCUGUUAAGAGCC